GAAAGAAAAUUCAAUUCUUUUAGCCUUAGUUAGGUUUUUUAUUUCGCGGUUUGCGAUUCAAGCGUAGGAAAAUGGAAAUUUUUACUCGGCAAACCCUUGAAAGGUUGAAAAUAUAUAUGGAACUCCUGCAGCUGCACUUUCGGAGGCUUUCCCGCUAAGCUGAACGUCCUAAUUUCGCCAGUUAAAAGCUUUUCUUAGAAUUUCCCUGGGUAAAAACGAAUAAGUCGCUAUCUUUAGCGGUGGCAGCAUUCGAACGGAGCGCGGAAGUUUCCAAAUCCUCAAUUGUUCCAACUGUUGUACUUGCGGAUUUUUGCCCGAUUUUUCCAAGUAAAUUCAUGAAAGCUCGUAAUAUUUGAGGAAUUCAGGGGUUUGUAAAUUGUGGUUUUUCAUAUCUCCAGUGUUAUUUCCUGGGGUUUAUCCGAUUUGCCCGGCUUUCGAUGUCGUUUCUUAUCCUAAUCUGUUUACUUCUGCAGGAAAAGUCGCCUGGUAAUUCGCAUAGAUUUAUCACUAAAGUGCUGCAGUGACAUUAUCCAUCGUUACUCCUGGCCUCUAAGGAAAUUGAAGUUCGCCGAAUGCGAGCGUGAAAGCAUCCCUAAUCUCAAAGCCAUUUCUUAGGACGGCAAAAUGCCCUUUUCACGUGCCUCCAUCCACCAAACCGCUACAAAUUAAAUUCCUCAAGAUACUCUACUACGACGUUUCGGAUUUAUCAAUGUCCAUUUGUUUUUCCCGUGAAAACUCCUCAAGUUUUACUGAUUUUCGCAAUCUGACAACAUUGAUGGGCGCCAGCACACAACAAGCAAAAUUGGCGCUAAUUGAACGGUACUUUCGCAUUGUUUCAAUCGUAGGCAACAAGGAAAAGCCAUGAAAUAAUUAAUUUUAGUUGAUUAUCAGCAGUCGUAGCGUGCGCAACUGAAUCAGUAGACAUACUAGAAAUGUGGGUUUCUUCACUAGAAAACUUUGAUCGAAUCCACUGUUUCAGGAUGAACGAUUCGAAAUCCGCACAGAAUCCGACUGUUUUCUCCAUAGAGGAUCCGCAGCCUGCAGUACGACUUACCGCACAUCGGCGGCAUGAUUCUCGUAGGUAAGUGCCUGUGUGUUUUCCUAGUAAGUAGGCCAACUAUUAAGCUCCAUAACCAAAAAUGCGCCCAUUCAAUUCCAUCACCUAAUCAGUGUCUUAGCUUAAAUGUUUCCCGUCCAUGCUGUUGUUGCUGUCUGGAUCUUAAGCUGCUGGCCCCGAACUGCUGGACAAUGGUUGAUCUCCUGAUGACCACUUCAGACAGCAGAUCGAAAUUGAUUAAGACCCUGGGCCCAAAUGAAGAAACUAUUCCGCCACUUCCCGCUAGGGAAGAGAAUGUUCUUCUACAACUGGUGGAUCGAGUGCGCCUUAUGGCCCGACAACGUCUAAGCCAGUAGACUGUUUAACAUCGUCAACUCUGUCAACCCCCAUCUGGAACGGUAACAUGGCCUGAAACGAGCUGUCCUUCCAAAAGCCCACAAAGCAUGCCUUUUAAGGUUGAGCGUCCAAGGAAGAUCAGCAAUUGAAGUAGUGGAAGAUGCAGCGGCUCAGGACCACUUUCAAGCGCUCCCGAACACCCACGGGGGCCGAAAUGAAGAUGCAGAGCAGCCUGGAGGUGCCCAAACAGAUUCGUUCGGCUUCCUUCGAUGAGAUCCAGCUGGAGGCCAAACGACUGCAGGCCGGCUCUUCGGGAGAAGGUCCAGCUCUUCUCGGGGUCCCUCACAUGGAUCAGCGCUCUCGCAGUGUGGAUUCAGGAGGAUCUGAGGAAUCUGGAAACUUUCUGGAAGUGCCUAACCGGUUGUUCCAAAGAAGGCGCUCCUCUGGCAGCAAAAGUUCGAUUUGCGUCCAUUGCACGUGCAAGGAGGAGUACGAUCGGCUCCAUCCCUUGGAGGAGCUGGCGACAGGUCCUCCAGAAUGGCUGCCAUAUCUUACCGAUUCCUCCAGCGAUGAGGAGGAAGAUUCGGAUGAGGAUGAGGCGAACAACAGCCGCGACACGACCGAGUGCAGCCGCAUCACCACCCACUGCAGCCAAGAAACGACCGACUACAGCCGGGAGAACAGCGGAACGGACAACAGCAGGGAGAACAGUGUCGAUCCUCCCGAGUUUGUGCUGACUGUUACGUUGCUGCCUUCGCUGCCGAUUGUUAUGUCGCCUCCGCCGAUUCCCUCUUCGCCUGUGAUAGAGUUUUUCCCUCCGGAUGCUGAGCCGGAUGUGCCUCUCACGCCCACACAGUCCAGACGCAAAUCGAUUCAUCGGCAAGAGGCUUUUUUCGCUGAACCCACUGGAACCUCACUGGAGAACAUGACCGAUGCCCACUCAGAACCGUACUCAGACGGAACGUCUGAGGGCGUCCAAUCGGAAGGCGACGUCCCCCAUACCACCAUACCGGGCCUGGUGGUAAGCGAUAUUUAUCUGCAAGUGCCUGAUCUGAAGCGUGAUAGAGCAGCAUCGGUCGACUCCUGCUUCUCCAAAGUGCCGGAGAAAAAGACUGAAGAGCUGCAGCACUCGGGAGUGAGUUUGGAGGUUCCAGUGGGCCCCAAUGUGGCGCUCAGAUCGCGAUCAGUGGACAUUGUGCUUCCUACUGACGAGCAGGCCAGGUACAAAGCUUUGGCCAUGACUGCACCGCCACCAGCCGCACAAGCCGCUAGAAGAUCAACUGGACCGACAGAACGUUCACAUAAAGGCACUCCGGAUUGGGGCGAAUCGGCAGCCAUUGGCGACCAUCUGUGGGUUUCCACGGCUGUUUCAGGCGAGUUUUGCUAUGUGGGAGACACUGAAUGUCAGAAACAUGGAGGACGAUUAAAGUGCGCUGCCUGCAACAUUGUCUGCCAUGACGACUGUAUCGCAAUCCUGCUGGACAGGCAACGUUUCACCUGCAAACCCAGCUUCAGGGAUGUGGGAGUGAGACAGUACCGCGAGCAGACCACCAUUCAACACCAUUGGGUGCAUCGCAGGUCCGAGAAGGGAAAAUGUCAACAGUGUGCUAAAUCAUUCCAAUCGAAGUUAUCGUUUAGUUACAAAGAGGUUGUGGCCAUCAGUUGUUCCUGGUGCAAAGUCGCCUACCACAACAAGGAGUCGUGUUUCAAUAUUCAACGAAUAGGCGAAGAAUGUAAUUUAGGUGUACAUAAUAAUAUCAUAGUGCCUCCAUCGUGGAUCGUCAAGCUUCCAAGGAGAGGCAGCUUUAAGUCCAGUCUAAGAAAAGUGCCAAAGAAAAAGGGAUCAAACAAAAGAAAAGCUAGUAAUAAGGACAAAGAAUAUAAAACUUUUGUGAUCAAACCCAUUCCAUCAACGACGGUAACGCCUGUGAUCGUUUUUAUCAAUCCAAAGUCCGGCGGAAAUCAGGGCCUAAAGCUGAUGCAGAAGUUCCAGUGGCUGCUCAAUCCCAGGCAGGUCUUCGACUUGACGCAAGGCGGCCCAAAGUUCGGCCUGGAACUGUUCCGCAAAGUACCAAACCUCCGGGUCCUGGCCUGUGGAGGCGACGGAACCGUGGGAUGGGUGCUAAGUGUAAUCGACCAAAUCAAAAUGAAACCUGCGCCUCCGGUUGGGGUUCUUCCCCUUGGAACUGGAAACGAUUUGGCCAGAGCUCUUGGAUGGGGCGGAGGGUACACUGAUGAACCAAUAUCGAAAAUCCUGACCAACAUCAAUCACAGUGACACCGUGCUUCUGGAUCGAUGGUGUCUGGAUGUGGAGACCAAUCAGAGUGCCGACCAGUCUAACGAUGGCAAAGAAACUCUACCACUCAGCGUCGUUAAUAACUAUUACUCUUUAGGGGUGGAUGCUCACAUUGCGCUGGAAUUCCACGAAGCUCGCGAGGCUCAUCCUGAAAAAUUCAACUCCCGGCUGCGCAACAAGAUGUUUUACGGCCAGAUGGGCGGCAAGGACUUGUUGAGGAGGAAAUGGAAAGGUCUGGCCGAUUAUGUGACUUUGGAGUGCGACGGCAACGACAUCACACCCAAGCUGAAGGAAUUGAGGGUUCACGCCAUUGUUUUCCUCAAUAUUGGAAGUUAUGGAGGAGGCACGAAGCCCUGGAGCAAAACCAUGGGCUCGUCUGAUCCCAGUACUGAGGACGGGCUGAUUGAGGUGCUGGGACUUACCACAUAUCAGCUGCCCCUUUUGCAAGCUGGAGGCCACGGCACCAGCAUCACCCAGUGCCGAUCGGCCAAAAUCGUCACAACCAAAACCAUUCCCAUGCAGGUGGAUGGCGAAGCUUGCAAGCUAAAACCGUCCAUAAUCAGCAUCAGCCACCUGAACAAAGCCACCAUGCUGGCGAAGCGGAAAUCUGGAAAAGUGAUUCCUCCUCAAGCAGCCCUCCAGAACAUGAAAUACACCGUUUACAAGAUUUCCAUGCCGGAUUACGAGCAACAUCACUACGACAAGGACAAACUGGCUGAAGCAGCUGUCAGCAUCGGGCCAUUGGAGAUGAUCAUUACAGCCGAUCUGGAACAAGCGCGAACGCUCAUCAACCGACUGCUGACCGAGAAAAAGGAACCGUCUAGCACUGAAUGGUGUUUCGUUGACUCAUGUACAGCUGAGCGUUUCUUCCGCAUAGAUCGCGCCCAGGAAAAUCUUCACUAUGUAAUGGAUAUUGCGUCGGAAAAUCUCUAUAUUCUGGAAUGUGGUGGCGGUACCGUGCCACAAACACCUGAAGAUGAAACGGCCCAUCCAUCGCCCAGCUCCAAUCAUAAAACGUCGCUGGUCAUUCCAGAAAUGCGAAUCAGUGACGAAGGCAGUCUGGAUUCGCCCAGUGACCAUCCACCGAUUUCCAGCAAGGAAAAUCUUGAAAGUCUGGACGAUCAAGCGAACAACACCAGCACGGACUGUCCGACAUGCACAGGAAAUAACAUCCGCAGCUUUGCAGAACGAUUGUUCAGUUUGAACCAGCAAACAUGUAGUGCCUUUAGCGUCGUAGAGGAACGUCCAAACGAAGAACUGAUUGUGGCAGCAAAAAGCGGCAAUCUCACCCAGCUGAAAGAGCUGCACUCUAGAGGGUAUUCGUUAAGAACGCGAGACUCUUCGGGGCAGAUUCCCCUGCACCACGCAGCUCGGUACGGCCACAAAGACAUGGUGAAAUACAUCAUCAGCAUCUCCCCCAAUACGAUCGACGACAAAGACAUAAGCCUGGGCCAAACUGCGCUACACAAAGCGGCAGCCCAUCGGUAUCGGGAUAUUUGCUGCAUGCUGGUAGCCAGAGGAGCCAAGCUGGACAUUACCGACCAUCGAGGAAACACGCCACGCAUGUUGGCUAUUCAAAGCGAAGAUCUCGAUCUGGCAGCCUAUUUAUUAAGUCAGGAACAAUUCGAGCUGCUCUCUUCUGAAGAUGGAACCGCUGUCUAGUGGCCAUUAGAACCAAGCAUUAUAUGGAAAGUUGUGAUAUUAUAAAAUAAAAUACUAUUUAGACGCGUAACUCGAAUGAUGUAAAUAUGAUAGGUAUAUUUUUCGUCUGGUAGUUUGAGGCCUGGGAGCCUGGAGGAACAAUUAGCUCUAGAUUAGGUGUACAUUUGAACAUUUAAAGGCCAAAUAUUGCCCGCAAGUAGUAAACCGGCUCUAACUUUGUUGAUUUUCGAUUUAAAAAACUUUUCCUCGAAUCUAUUUUAGCACAGAAUUUGGUCGGGGCUAGUAAGAGUAUCUGCAACGACCAAAAUCUACCACCACUAGUCAGUAGCAGUGUUUUAUACAUACCUACAUAUCACCUAGAAGGAACAUUCCAUGUAAAUAUCGCACCCAAAAUUCAGAUCAUGGCAAUAAAACGCGACAUUAAAAUCAAUGUAAAUAGGGAAAUUUUAAGGAAUUUUAGGCCUUCCAAACACUUUACCCAAGUCCUUGUAAAGCUUCUUCACUUUUAUCCUAUUUGGGUCGGAAAAAACCCAUGAGUGAAUGCAAGCUUUGCAAAGACUGGAAUUUAUAUUUGGGGAGAUUUUGCCAAAUACUGAGCGAGUGAUUUAGUUUUCUUCCCCGAAACUCGCCCAGUAUUAGAAGCCCACCUAACUCAUAAUCAAAUAAUCAAAGCGCAAAUGUGUAUUUUUGUAAGCGAUUUGUCUUCAUUGAGUGAAGCUAAGCCCACUUAUUCUUCGCCCAAGCUUCAGAAAAACCCAAGCUUGGACGAAAAACCCAUGCUUAAACGCUUCAUUUCUGAGCCUUCGAAGCAUUUACGCAUGCUAAACUGUACUGGAAGGCUUCAUCCAAUCCAGGCCCGAGUGCAUGAGCUCUAUUCUCUAAGAUAUUUGUACUUAAUGGACUGUCCUCAAAAAGCCCCAGUUUUCGGGACAGUUCGUAUUAAUGAAGAAAUUUCAGUUUUUCUAAUUUGGUGACCAUUAAUCGUGCAUUGCAAAUGGGAUUUGAAGAACUAGUAGAUUUAGGAUUCUUGGAAAUGACACGGUCAUUUUGUUGCUGUUAGUCCUAGAGGUAGCCGAUAAGAGUUUAACAUUGUUAAGGGUUUCGUAGAAGCACUAUUUGAAAAAUAUCUGAAUUUUAUAAAUUCUACUCUAAUUUAAUUCAAUUAACUAUUUUAAGAGCAAUUUAACAGAUAAUGUAACGUUAAUCGCAAUCUAGACUGUAAGCGUGUACAUUUUAAUCAAAUACAAUCUCGCUCGAUUCUUUCACUAGUUCUUUAGAAAGAAAUGUGAUCUAAAAAUCUAGUUUUAAAUCUUAAUAAAGUAAUACUAUUUUUUGUAAUUGAUGUAAGCCAAGUUUAGCGGGUUUCACCGUUUCAACUGGUUUACAUCUACUUUUGUGAUAAUCCUACUACGAGUUGUUGUAAAUAAUUAAGAUGCUAAGUUUUUUCGGUUUAACUCACACAGUCACAAGGCGUCUGAUCUGUUUGCAGACCAGUGAGCAGAGAAUUAGUCACUCUGUAUAUAUAAGAAGCUUGUUCGAAGAAUGUUCGAUUAAAUUGCCCAAGAUGGUUGAACUUCUGAUUCAAAAACCGGUUUUGUUUUAAUCUAAACACUCUCUGCUCGCUGAACUUGUUAAAUUCCCGACGAAAUCUUAUGAAAAACGUUUUACAAAGCUGUAACUUUAAGCCUCUAAGUUGGAAAACAAGGAAGCUUUCUCCUUGCACCAAAAGCAACCUAAACAGGGUCUGUCCUACAUGCGCUCUUUCGAUUAUCAAUUUUUUCUUUUCGGUUUGUUCGUGUUACAAAUUUUCCAAAUCUUCUGACUACUUGCAAGAGAUUGAAACCCAAGGGUCCAAAAUAUAUGUCUGGGACACUGACUAUUUCCGCGAAAAUUCUUUCAAUACCAAAACAGUUUCCUACCAGUAGUUACGUAGAAGAUUCCACGCACUUUAUUUACAUUUUUGCAAUAUCUACUAAUAAAUAUAAUUCUUAAUAUUAAGUGGAUGCAGAAGCAGGGAAAUUUCAUUGGGGGAUUUAGUGUCCACACGACCCUCAGUGCGAAUGAUCGGUGUUUGUUGGGUCGGCGGUAGGAAUUUGGUCCUGACGUUUCGCCAACAUGCAUGGCCGGCACCUUCAGAGAUGUCCAAAUACUCCAAAUUCCUAUCAACGACGAGCUAAUAAAGCGUUUUUUUAACGCUAAGUGUUCUAGUGAGGUUUUUGUCUAAUACAGGCAUUUUGCAUCUGAA